GUACAUUGUUGAAAAUUUGAGUGCACAGAGCUAGUAGUAGUACUGUGGAUUAACUCACUUAAUCAACUCAUUGAUGAGUAUGAUCACAAAUUCACAACCAUCGAAUUUGACAAAACAUGCAGAGCUCACUAAAUGUUGUUAUCUUUAUUUAUCAGAUGCCAUGAUUUAUUGUUAUUUUUUUUUUCUUUGAGAACAUGAUUUAUUAGUUCCCGUGAUUGUUAUCUUUAUUCAUCAGUUGCCACGAUUUAUUGUUAUUACUUUGUUUGUUUUUAUUUUGAUUGGUAGAAUGUAUGCAUGUAUAAUCUUAAGUUUCAGGAUCUUUUUAAGAGGAUGGCAAGAUUAGACAUAAAUUCAAGAAAGCUUUUAUUUAUGAGAUUCUCCUGGUUUGUUUCCAAUGGCAUCAAGCAAGUGGAAAACCAACUGAGUAACUGGAUGCCAUGUGGUGUAAAUUCGAGCCCUUACGAAGAUGGAUGGAUCAUAAAGGUAGAGCUGGAGAACUACAGUGACCUCCACUGUUUAAUGGACCCUGCCCGCUACACCGAGUUCUGUGAAAAAGAAGAUGCUAGCCACUGAUAAAUUUCAUUGGGACAAUAAUCACUUCUUGGAAGAGAUUGUGGAAUUUACAUUUUUUACUCUACUUUCAGUUUCCUUGGUUGUUAUUAUGUUUGAACAUUAGGAUGAUGGCGAUAAAUGGCUACAAUUAUUAUCCUUUUGUUA